AACCGUCAUCGAAGUCGGAAUUCCAAGUCGGAAACUCUGGCAUCUUUCAAGAGCUCAGUCUUUCCGGCCUGAACAUCAUCGACGUCAUGAUUUGAGCUCUUAUUUUUCGAGUUCCCAGUUGUCUUGAAAGCUCCUUAAAAUAACCUUUACUGGAAAAUGUUAAUCUUUUUUCAUUGGUCGUUUUUUUUGUCUCCCAAAUUAAACAGCUAAAAUCUUAGGAAAGUACCAGUUUACAUAGAUAACGAUUUAAACAACAAUUAAGAAAUAUAUUCAGCUACCAGUAAACGACAGCAAGUUAGCUAGCUACGUAACAUUAGCAAGCAAGCCAGAUAGAAGCCAGAGGAUCUCAGCCAGACGUGGGACCAAGUAACGUUAACGUCGUUAUUCAGGCACACCCUAAAUCCGGGCACCCAUGACUGAAACGUAACGUUAGGCGAGAGUCAUGCAACAUUAAGUAGUUAGGACUUUUGUGAUCAUGAAAGACAUUCACUAGCAACAAGAACACGCGAAGCACUUUUUUCAGAACCUGGAUAUGACUGUCUCAUCAUCAUGCCAAAGACAUCCGUCCGCGAGAUAGCGUUUGCCAGCCAGUCUGCUAAAUUCAAUAGCUACACCUGGGCUAGCUAGCUAAUAAUUCGUUUUGUUGUGUGCUGUUGCACAUAUACUAUUGUUGUAAUAUGAAUGCACCGAUGUAUACAUUUGUCGCAAGAGACGAGAACAGCACUAUUUAUGCUGAAGUUUCCAAAAUUCUCGUCGCAACUGGACAAUGGAAGAGACUGAAAAGGGAUAAUCCCAGAUUCAAUUUGAUGUUGGGCGAACGGAACAGACUGCCAUUUGGACGGCUUGGUCAUGAGCCAGGACUGAUGCAACAGGUGAAUUAUUACAGAGGAGCAGACAAGUUGUGCCGCAAAGCAUCUUUAGUCAAGUUAAUCAAGACUAGCCCAGAGCUUCCAGACCCCAGCAACUGGUUGCCUGAAUCCUACAUCAUCUAUCCUACUAACCUCAAUACCCCCGUCGCUCCUGUAAAUAAUGGCAUCGGCCACCUGAAAAGUAACCCCAAGACAGAUGAAAGAGAAGUUUUCCUGGCCUCUUAUCACUCAAGGAAGGAAAGCGGAGAGGGAACAGUGUGGAUCGCCAAGUCAUCUGCUGGAGCAAAAGGUGCUGGAAUUUUGAUAUCCUACGAUGCAAAUCAAUUGCUGGAGUUCAUUGAUAAUCAAGGGCAGGUUCAUGUCAUUCAGAAGUACCUAGAAAGACCACUACUGCUGCAACCUGGCAACCGUAAAUUUGACAUCAGGAGCUGGGUGCUCGUGGACCAUCAGUACAACAUCUACCUUUACCGGGAGGGUGUGCUGCGGACGGCCUCGGAGCCCUACGACAGCUCCAACUUCCAGGACAUGACCAGCCACCUGACUAACCACUGCAUCCAGAAAGAGCACUCCCAGAACUACGGCCGCUACGAGGAGGGCAAUGAGAUGUUCUUCGACGAGUUCCGGCAGUACCUGCUGAGCACCCACAACAUAACACUGGAGACCAGCAUUUUACCUCAGAUCAAGCAGAUCAUAAGGAGCUGUUUGACAUGCAUUGAGCCAGCCAUCAGCACUAAGCACCUGUCCUAUCAGAGCUUCCAGCUCUUUGGCUUUGACUUCAUGGUGGACGAAAGCUUCAAGGUGUGGCUGAUCGAGAUCAAUGGAGCGCCGGCCUGCGCGCAGAAACUCUACCCGGAGCUAUGCCAAGGUAUCGUGGACGUAGCCAUCUCCAGUGUCUUCCCACUGAACAAUGAUUCCGAACCACGAUCAUCUUCCUCCUCCCCCGCUCCUUACUCCUCCUCCCCCUCCUUUUCCACUCUCAAUUCAUCCUGUUCCUCGCCGAAACUGAGAGGACCCCUCCACGUGGGCCCAUUCACCCGAUUGUAAGUCCCUCCUCUGCUUCAGAAGUUCCAAUCUCUGCCCUCUGCUCCUCACUCCUACGCUUUUCCCGAGAUGUCCCACAGGCCAGGAAGCUUUGCCAUCUCAUUGGUUCUUGCAUGGCAAGUUUUGUCUCGAAUGGGAAUACCCUUGUGAUUGACUGAAGAUUGUGUGACUUUCUCGUAUGUGCUACCACAUUCUCCUCCCCAUACCCCCACAGUGGAAGCGCAUUUCAGAGGAAAGCCUGGACAGGCAUGCAGAAAAUGAAUGUGUGUAGACUUGGUGAAUGUUCGGAUGGUGAUGAGGAUUAAGAUAAAUUGGCGACAGACUGAUGACGGAUUUGGGGGUCCCAGAACAAGAAGAGAUUCCCUUAGACUGCGCCCCUAGACUGUAUGGACGACCUCUGAAGAUGGAGGGGACGCUUCACUUAUUCUACAGACUUUAGUGCCUUACAUCUCCACCCAUACCCCCUUAAAGAUGCAACCUGUCGAUUUAGCAUAGCGCCUCUGCUACUGUGUGUGUUAUGUGAGCCUGUCUAUUGUCGGUCAGGCAAGUGUGUAUGUCUGUGUGGUCUAGUCUUUUUUUCUCUGGGUUUGGAGAUCUUUGGAUUUUAUCCACAAAAGUUAGCAUUAUCAGGGGGGGGGGGGGAAACUUUCCUACAUCUUGAUAUGAAUUCCUGACAUUGAUUAUAGGCAUACUUCAUAUCAUGGUUAUUCACAAAGCCCCGGAGUUUUUUUUUGUACUGUAUUUUAAAAGAGGAUUAAAGCAGAAAAUAGGCUACAUUUUUAUUGCUACUAUAAUUGUAUUAUAGCUAUUUGAUAGCUAUUAUUUUAUGCACGCUGUGUAGAGUUAGGUCUUCCAUUUUGACAGACUUUUAUUCAAGUUCAUUUAGUCAGUGUUGUUCAUUCACACUAUAAAAGAUUCCUAGACAGAUUACUCUUUUUUUCCUCUGUCAACAAAGAGCAUUUGUGGACGGACUAGAGAUAAACCUCCCCUGUUUAAUUUGAGACUAGCUUUGCAACUUCAGAACAUUUCAGCCCAUUUGAACCUUCUAAAGGUUCUACCGGUCAAACUGUUACACGGUUAUGCAUGGGGAUCUCCACUACAGCUGUAGAUCUGUUUUUUGUUUGUGAUUUUAAUAGAGAUUGCAUGUCGGUGUGGAAGCAUGUUACUGUGUCUGUUGUGUGUCAUAAUGGAAGUAGGCCUACUCUCCCUUUUGCCUCUAAUACUGAUGGUUCUUAGCCAAGAGCUGCCUUUUUUUAAAUGGUCUAUUUCAUAGAAAGUGAGUUUCUUGUUAGUUUUUGCUUGUUUCCUUGAAAACCUGUAGUAAACAUAGUAGCUUCAAACCCACAAAACUACUUUGUCAACGCAAGUAUUAUUCUUAUUUUAAUUUUUUAAAGGAUUUUUAGACUUCUAACGCUGUUGGUUAUGGUGUUGCAUAGCUUCCAUGAUAUUACGUGGAGUUGUUAUGCAUGCAUGCUAACAAGUAGUUUUCCCUGCCCUUGUCUGUCUGUGUUAAACUGUAAUAUUCAGUGUAGACAACCUGACCACGUUCAGUUUACAGAGGCUUUAUAGCAUUUUCACCCACAGUUAACUCUUUGAUUAAGUUACUUUGUCUGUUAAACUUUUGUUUUAAGUAUUAGUUAGUCCCUUAAAAGGGGCAAUCCGCAGUUGAAACGAUAACGAAGUGCUUCUGUUUCGGUAAAAAGCUAAGGGGAUGCGGCUGGAAAAAAUGUAACCACUCUCAAAUUCAUAGACCGAGCUAUGGAUGCAAGGACUGUCCAUC